AUGAAGAAAAUUCAUCCUCCCCCAGCUUACACUUCUAAUAACUUUGAAGUAUCAGUUGAAGAUCAACAAGCACUACAACAACCUUACCCAGAUGAGCAGCAAUCUCAUCCUCAACCGUCUCAAAAAAAAUGUCCUCAAGAACCACAAAUCUGCUCUCAACCGAAACAAGUUAAGACAUCAUGUAUUUACACAGUCGAAAACAAACCAGACGAAGGCGGUCCUGAAAAUGUGAAAGUGGUUCAGAUUGACCAGCCUGACGGUGACGUAAUCACCGACGAUCAAGCUAAAGUUGAUUUUAGGAGAACACUCUUCGCCCGAUUCAGUAUCUGCAGUUCCUGUGGUUCGGUUUGCCUACUUAUCGUCAACAUUCUUACAAUAGUCUGCCGAUCAAAUGAAGAUGCAAAGUCAGCUGAAGCUUGCGUCAUGGCGUCAUUCAUCUUCUUCAAUUUUAAUCUCUUUUUUUUGAUCAUCGCCAUCAUUACCCUAAUUAGACUCAAGAAAGCAUCCAGUUUAUAA